AUAUUUUCUGGCAUUCUGACAUACAUGACGCCAUGAAAGGCACCAUUACCUUCAAACCAGUUGCCACGUGCCAUCAAAUUGCUGGGACAAUGCUCCCCAUCUUCCUCGAUGAAGCCAUGGAGAACUCAGGCCGCCGAGCACCAAACUGUUCAUACUUUAUAUAAGCCGGGCCGCGCAUAAAAGUUCGAUGCUGCCGUUGCCCUUGAAGGGCGUGAGCGUGACGCAACGCUUCUACUUUUCCCGCACGAUCGCCGCGACGAGGAGGCGUUUCCUCAUCCUCCCCUCCUUCUUCCUUCCCGUCCUCCCCGCGGCCUCCCAUUCUUCCUUUGCCACCCCGUUCGCUGCAGCCGACGCCGGGAUGAAGCCGCCCGUCCCCACCAAGAUCGAGCACGAGAUGGUAAUGUUCGGCGACGUCCGGAAGGACGACUACUAUUGGCUCCGGGAUGACUCGCGUUCCGACCCUCGAGUUCUCGACUACCUUGGCCAGGAGAACGCCUACACCGACUUCGUCAUGAGUGGGAGCAAAACUCUCCAGGAUCAGCUUUUCGCAGAGUUAAAAGGGAGAAUUAAGGAAGAUGACAUUUCUGCACCUUUACGUGAUGGACCUUAUUUUUAUUACACAAGAACUUUGGAGGGGAAAGAGUAUGUCCAGCACUGCAGACAACCUAUCCCUAAUGGUGAGGGACCUGGAUCAGUACAUGAAGUAAUGCCAACUGGACCAGAUUCACCUUUACAGCACAUAAUUCUAGAUGAGAAUGUCAAAGCCCAAGGACAUGAAUAUUAUAGUGUUGGAGCUUUCAAAGUUAGCCCCAAUCACAAGCUUGUAGCUUAUGCAGAGGACACCAAAGGGGAUGAAAUUUAUACUGUUUAUGUCAUUGAAGCUGAAACUCAGAAUUUGAUUGGGAAGCCCAUAGUUGGAGUAACAGAAUAUAUUGAAUGGGCUGGAAAUGAAGUUCUUUUGUACAUCACAAAUGAUGAAAUUCACCGGCCUUACAAGGUAUGGCGACAUAACCUUGGAACUGAACAAGCAGAUGAUGUAUGUCUCUAUCAUGAAGUUGAUGACACUUUCUCACUUGACCUCAAAGCUUCUGAAAGUAAAUGUUACUUGUUUGUCGGGUCAGAGAGUAAAACUACACGGUUUAUCCAAUAUCUAGAUGUUUCUAAGCCAGAUGAGGGGCUUAAAGUUUUAACUCCUCGAACGGAAGGAGUUGAUACCGAAGUGAGUCAUCGUGGAGACCAUUUUUAUAUAAAGAGAAGAAGUGAUGAGUGUUUUAAUUCUGAGUUACUUGUUUGUCCAUUGAACAAUGUAUCUGCCACAUCUGUUCUGCUUCCUCAUAGGGAGAAGAUCAAGAUACAACAAAUACAACUUUUUAUUAACAACCUUGUUGUAUAUGAGCGUGAAGAUGGCUUGCUGAAAGUGACUGUUUAUGGUCUUCCUGCUGCUGGGAAAGCAAUAGAAUGCCUUCAAGAUGGUCAAGUUGUCGAAUUUAUAGAUCCAAUAUAUGAAGUGGAAUCUGUAGAUUCACAAUAUAACUCUCAUGUACUUAGGUUUUCUUAUAGCUCAAUGAGGACCCCUCCCUCUGUCUAUGAUCAUGACAUGGACAGUAGAGUUACCGUUCUGAAGAAGGUUGAGGCGGUGCUGGGAGGAUUCAACUCCUCAAACUAUGUUACUGAGAGAAAAUGGGCAGUCGCUUCAGAUGGCACUCGUGUUCCAAUUUCAAUAGUUUACAGGAAGGAUCUUGUAAAGCUUGAUGGAACAGAUCCGUUGCUUCUAUAUGGUUAUGGUUCUUACGAGAUAUGCAUAGAUCCUGACUUUAGGGCAUCAAGAUUAUCAUUGAUAGAUCGAGGCUUUGUUUAUGCCAUAGCACAUGUCCGAGGUGGAGGAGAAAUGGGAAGGAAGUGGUAUGAAGAUGGGAAGUUUUUGGAAAAGAGGAACACCUUCACAGAUUUUAUUUCAUGUGCAGAGUAUUUAUUAGAAAACAAAUACGGGUCCAAGGAAAAGAUAUGUAUUCAUGGAAGGAGUGCAGGAGGAUUGCUUAUUGGUGCUGUCUUAAAUAUGCGUCCUGAUUUGUUCAAGGCAGCAGUUGCAGGUGUACCAUUUGUAGAUGUAGUGACCACAAUGCUUGAUCCAACCAUCCCUUUGACAACAUCUGAGUGGGAGGAAUGGGGUGACCCUCGUAAAGAGGAGUUUUAUUUCUAUAUGAAAUCAUACUCGCCGGUUGAUAAUAUUAAACCACAAAAUUAUCCACACAUAUUGGUAACCGCUGGCUUGAAUGAUCCACGUGUUUUGUACUCUGAACCUGCAAAGUUCGUGGCAAAGUUGAGAGACAUGAAAACUGAUAAUAAUCUUCUUUUGUUCAAAUGUGAACUUGGUGCUGGCCACUUCUCAAAGUCUGGAAGAUUUGAGAAACUACAGGAAGAUGCCUUCACAUACACUUUUAUUCUCAAGGCCUUGGACAUGGUUCCGCCUCUUGAAUCUUGAUGAUUCAGAAGCCUAAUUGCACGAAAAGAACUGCUGGCAUCCUUUUUUCCAGUUACGUUUGCCAUUUUACUAUACCUGUAGGGUCUCAAAGCAAUAUGUACUUCGUAAACUGGUAAUUUGUCUACAUUGAUGAUUGAGUGCCGCAAGGCCCUCAAGAUAUCCUACAUAUUGCACAUGAUUGUUGA